AUGCUUGAUUGGCUGGCUCUGCCGAUCUCAACACUUGGCUUCCGAGGCGGCUGGCACAGGCCACCAAUCGAGUCUCCCGUUCAAGGCGGCUUCUGGCUCAAGAGUUCAUUCGGGCGUCUCAAGGCGUUCGCGAGUGCAAGCCAGGCACACCAAGCCGAUCGCAAUGCAUGCUCCUUUUCCCAGUAUUGUCUCGCCGUACUCAACAUGGAUCUCGUGGCGAUUCGAACUCCGCGGUACGGAGUACUGUGGGAUCCCAUUGCGCGCCUUGAGCAGCUCCCGGGCUUUCGCGGCUGUGGCUCGAAUGCGCUCAUGGUCCAUGGAAAUGGAUUGAAAUUGCUGGACCCACCAGCUAUCAGGAUCCAGGAACAACGACCGCCGAGGCGCUACGGGAAAAAGCGACGCUGGAGAGGGGGUUUCCUGGUACUCGCUUCUGGUUCGCGCCCACAACAGCAGUCUGGGAUAGCUGCACUGCCGCCAGAGUGUAUCCUCAGGCCGUAG